AUGAAGGUGCCUGUGGCUGUGAGGAGCAAGAGCUUGAAGAAAAGCAGGGGAGCUCCUUCAUGCAACCUUCCCCUGCUGCUGCUCAUCGCUGGGGUUAUGUACGUGAUGAUAGGCAAGCCUUUUCCAUCAUUCUUGAUGGGUAGCAGGAGUUUCUUCAAUCGAGCAGAGGAGGAGUUCAUCCCGGAGCCACACGUGAACUGCGACUUCAACAGCACAAGGUCCGACUUCUGCGAGAUAGCCGGUGCCAUCCGCAUCCGGGGCAGCACGUCGGAGGUGUUUGUCGUGUCCCCUCGCCGCGGCGCCACCGCCCGGGACGUCUUCGGCCCCAACUCGACGUGGGUCGCCGCCAACGCUACGAGCUGGAAAAUGAAGCCGUACACGCGCAAGGGGGAGUCACGCAUCAUGAACGGCAUCAGGGAGUUCACUGUGCGGCUCGCAUCCGCCGACGAGGCUCUGGCGUGCGACGUGAUGCACGAGGACGUGCCCGCCGUGGUGUACUCCAACGGCGGGUACUGCGGCAACUACUACCACGACUUCAACGACAACAUCAUCCCUCUCUUCAUCACGACGCGCCACCUGGGGCGCGAGGUGCAGCUGCUGGUGACGCAGAAGCAGGCGUGGUGGUUCGGCAAGUACGGCGAGAUCGUGGACGGGCUGACGCGGCACGAGGCGGUGGACCUCGACGCCGACGCGCGGGUGCACUGUUAUCGGCGGGUGACCGUCGGGCUCAAGAGUCACAAGGACCUGAGCAUCGACCCUCGCCGCUCGCCCAACAACGUGUCCAUGGUGGACUUCAAGCGGUUCAUCAUGUGGCGGUAUUCACUGCCCCGUGAGCAUGCCAUCCGGACGGAGGAGGACGACGAGGAGAGGAGGCGGCCGCAGCUGCUGAUCAUCACGCGGCGGUCAAAGCGGCGGUUCAUGAACCUGGAGGAGAUCGUGGCCGCCGCGGAGGAGGUAGGGUUCGAGGUGACGACGUCGGACCUGAUGACGCCGCCCAAGAAACAAGACGACGAGGCGGUCGUGGACGACAGCGGGCAGGCUCGGAUGGCCGAUGCGUCGGCGACGGUGAACGCAGUCGACGCAAUGCUGGCGGUGCACGGUUCCGGGCUGACGAACCUGGUGUUCCUGCCGAUGAACGCGGUGGUGAUGCAGGUGGUGCCGCUGGGUGGGAUGGAGGCGCUGGCAAUGGACGAGUAUGGGGUGCCGCCGAGAGACAUGAACAUGAGGUACCUGCAGUACAACAUCACGGCGGAGGAGAGCACGUUGUCGGAGCUGUACCCGAGGGAUCACCCGGUGUUCAUGGACCCGGGCCCCAUACACAAGCAGAGCUGGUCGCUCGUCGAUGAGAUCUACCUCGGCAAGCAGGACGUCCGGCUCGACAUCGCCAGGUUCAGGCCCGUACUCCAGAAGGCGCUCGAGCUCCUCCGGUGA